GAAACCAUCAAUACCUUUGAACUUGGAACUCAAGUCAGUAAAUAUCUAGACACCAUCAGCAUAUCUAUGUCAUUGGUUGAUAGGGGCCUCACAGCGGCUGCAGACUCUUGAUUCACAUCUCGGUAAUUAGAGCGCUGAUCAACAGUUUUGUUCCCAAAAAAGUCUUCAAAAAAGAAAAUGGCUGAUAAUUCGGGUAAUCUUCACCAGCUGACUGACUCAACGCCAUGCCUAUAGUACUUGGUGCUAGUUCAAAGCCGUUGAGGAAUGGAUCAUCAUCGGUGGUGGGUUGACCAGCUGAAGAGAGACAUUAUAGCCGUUCCGGCGAAAUAAAAUAUGUCAAGCGGUGUAACAAGGGUUGCUUUCUAGUCAUAUAUGAAGAUAGAUCAUAAUUGAAAAGGUCUUCUUCAUCUCUACUAUCAACAACUUUUGUCAAGCCAGAUCUUUUCCCUGCUUAUCACGAGCCAAUACAACCAGAGAUAUAAACAUCAUAUCUUGAGCCAAUACGUCAACACCCGGCACAAUGAAGUUCACCCUCCUCCUCACCCUAGCAGCAAUCACCACCGCCGUCGCCUAUCCCUUAAUCGACAUCUCCCUCGGCACCCCAAGGUUCGUCUGCCCCAGCCGGGUCCAGGCCUUCUGCAGCGCGAGCAGCAUCCACAGCGGCUGCACUGCAGCGGGAGAGUUCCGGAGUGAUGCCAUGGAUACCUGUGGGCAGUGUAUUUGUGUCUGAGGUCCCCAGACACUAUAGAAAUCUGGAAUAUGACGGAGCUUGUACAUAUAUCUCAAGGGAGGAAGUAUUGAUAAAAAACUCAAAAUUUGAAUUGUCCAUGCGCUUGUCAA